AUGGAAAGAAAUGAAAUUAAUAAAAAAUUAUUAAAAUAUGAAAAUGAAAUUAAUCGUUUAAAAUUUGAAAUUAAAAGUUUAAAAAAGAGUAUUGACAAAGAAGUUAAAAAUCAAGACAAUGGAAUAAUGGAUAUUUUUUAUCCACAAGACGACAUUAUCACAGAUGCUGCUAGAGGUUUUAAGGAACAACUUCAAGAUUUAAUAAUUGAAAUCUCUGAUAACCAAAGAGAAACUGGCUAUGUUAAAGAAGAAAUCUCAAAAUUAGAUGACAAUAUAUCAGCUUUAAAAAUUCAACUAGGCUUCUUAAUUAAAAAACUAAAUAUAUUAAAAAAUUGUCAAAGAGAGAAAUCCAUUGAAAUUUCAAAACUCACAAGAGAAAAAACCCUUACCGAAAAUUAUAUGAUAAGUUUGCAAGGCUAUGUUUCCCAUGUUCAAAUUAUUUUAACAAAAUGUGAAAAAAAUAACGAAUUUUUAGAUUUUGGUAUUAAUGAUUUAAUGAUUUUAUUAAACAAUUAA